AAAUGGCUGGAUGGUAUUAUGAAGUGGGAGCCUUCAAAAUUGGAAAACACCAGUCAUACUCGUUUUUCUUCCGAUGAAAUCUGGGUACCCGAUGUGGCACUGUUGAAUAACGCUGACCCCCACGAAAAGUUGUCUGGYGGGCCAACCAAGUUUAUCACCAAUGUACACUGCAAUUAUGAAGGCAAAUGUACGUGGAUCUCUCCAGCWACUUUUACCAGUUCCUGUAGAAUGAACGUUAGGUACUGGCCCAUGGAUACCCAGGUGUGUACUUUGACCUUUGGGUCGUGGACAUUCCGUUACAAAAAUCUGAGGAUAGUACCAUUGGACUUCAGUUAUGAAAAAGGCUCUAUUUCGAAUGGCGAGUGGACUAUUAAUGACAUCGAAGCCCAUACCAGCAAAGUGAGAAGAGCCAAAACCUAUAGCAUCCUUAAUCUCCAACUCACUUUGACCAGAAAACCGACCUACGUCCUGUUCUAUCUUACCCCUCCUGCUAUCAUCCUUGUUGUCUUAGCUUUGCUGAGCUUCUUCAUACCAACUWACAGUGGAGAGAGGAUUGGUUUUGUAACGACAAUCCUACUUGCCAAGAUGGUGUUCCUUCUCAUGAUGCCAGARUACCUGCCCAAGACCUCGGACCAACUCCCUAUUCUGGGAAUCCUCUUGAUACUAUCUAUGGUCAUGGUCGCUGCUGUUYUAACUAGCACUAUUUUUAUCUUGGCGUGCCAUCACAGGGAAGGAAAACCRUCGAUGCUCACGCAGAAGCUGUUCUUUCCAUUCAAGUUCCUCGUAAAGAAGCAUCCAUUUAAAACCAACAAAGACGGGAUAUUGAAUCGUGGGAUGAAGACCAUUCAAAAGAUGCUCACCUCUUCGUGCAAGUUUCUCGCAAAGAAGCAAUCCUUCACACUCGACAGAGAUACAGAUGGUGUUAUAAAUCAAGGAAUGGAGACCGAKUUGCAAGAGGCAGACACAAAGGAUGUAGUAACCAUCGCUGGUAAUGACCUUGCCGACCCGGGAAGCGUUCAGGAAGRAGAGGUCACGUGGCAAGACAUCGCGAAGAAGUUGAACAGUUUUGCUUUCUUUGUUAUUAUGACUGCAUUGUUGCUGACUGGAUUGGCUGUUUCUGUGGCUUAUUGAACAAGCGUUAUCUUAUUCUGAUCUUUCAGGUAUUAMACUUUGAGUAAAGUUUUAAGAUACACUCAAUUGAAGAAUCGUUGU